GUUCUCAUCAUCAGCUAUGUCUAUAGCUACAAAACCAGGGGUUGGGUCUAAUGAAGAAGAAACUGAGCUCAGAAGAGGACCUUGGACUCUGGAAGAAGACAGUUUACUCAUACACUGUAUCGCUCUUCACGGUGAAGGUCGUUGGAACAUGUUGGCCAAAAGUGCAGGAUUGAAAAGAACAGGAAAGAGUUGCAGACUGAGGUGGCUCAACUACUUGAAACCAGACAUCAAGAGAGGGAAUCUGACUCCACAAGAGCAACUUUUGAUUCUUGAACUCCAUUCCAAAUGGGGAAACCGGUGGUCGAAAAUUGCUCAGCGUCUGCCCGGAAGAACAGACAAUGAGAUCAAGAAUUACUGGAGGACAAGAGUUCAGAAACAGGCACGCCAGCUCAACAUUGAGUCCGGUAGUGAGAGAUUCAUCGAUGCUGUUCGAUGUUUCUGGAUGCCUAGGUUGUUACAAAAGAUGGAACAAAACUCUUCAUCAUCUUCCUCUUCCUCUGUCAUGAACAUGAACUCUCAGAAUUCUGCAAUUAAUGUCCCUUCCCUGUCUCCUUCACUAGGAGAAUUCACAGAUAUUGCAGCAAAUCACACAAGAACCCACACCACCACCACCACCUACAACAACAAUUUUGAUUUCCCAGAUCAUUAUUCCCUGCCAUUACAAGAACCGUUUGAAAUAUCAGAAAACCCGACAAGUACUGCCCUUCCUCAAGUGUCUGAGAACUACAACAAUGAUGUUUGCUUCAAUCCAGUUCAAGAUCAUAGUUAUGGCAUGGAAGGGCUAAAUUUGGAGCCAUUUUCAAGAACUGAAAGUAAUUAUGGGAUUCCCAAGUUUGAUUAUUGUCAGAGUUCAGAAAGUGAAUGGAUGGGAGAAUAUUCUCUGUGGAACUUGGAUGAAAUGUGACAGUGAAGAACCGAAAAGAGAAGGGAAAAGCG